UACCCCACGUGCUCCCCCUCCUACUAAUAUUUUAAUCCUCAUUAAACCCGUGUGAGAAAAGUGUGCCAGUUGGCUGCAAUGAGACUUCAACCACAACAUAUAAACCCCCAACAUCUCUUCCCCCGACACAUAUAGACCAGACAGACUGACCAUUCCAGACAACAGAGAAAAUCUUCAAACCAAAUUCUGCGGCUCCAGCAACGCCAACCGAGAUGCAGGGCAAGUCGUUCAAUGCACCAACACCAGACGAGGCUUCGUCGAGCAAUCAACAUCCGUAUCGGCUCACAACUGAGCAGGAACUCUCCAUCAUGGUUGUCGCUCUCACCAAUGUUGUCUCCGGCACUUCUGCUGCUACUUCAGCUAAUCCUGACUAUUCUACGAACUCCCUCCUCUUUCACACACCAUCUUUCACUAAUUUGGACACUUGUCAUGUGUGCAACAUUGACGGUUGUCUCGGCUGCAACUUUUUCUUCCCUCCCGUGGAUAAGUUUCAGGAAGAGGUAGAGGACAACAAGAAGAAGAAAGGGAAAUUACCCGCAGGAGCGACGAAGAGACGAGCAAAGAAGAACUACAGGGGCGUCAGGCAGAGACCGUGGGGCAAAUGGGCAGCGGAGAUCCGAGACCCAAAGCGUGCAAUUCGAGUUUGGCUUGGCACUUUCAACACUGCAGAGGAGGCUGCCCGAGCUUAUGACAAGGCGGCUAUCGACUUUCGAGGGCCACGGGCAAAGCUUAACUUUCCCUUUUCGGAAUAUACGACGCAUAGGGAUCAGGUUUCAGAGUCGUGCAUGACAUCAUCAGAACAACAUCAUUCAAAUUCCUAUUCCUCAGCAGGAAUUGAAAAUAGAUCAAAGGAAAAUGAGUUGUGUGAACCUAUUAGUGAGGACGAGUUUCAGCGGUGGAUGAGGAUGGAUUUUUCUGAGAAUUCUUCAGAUUCUGCUGCUACUGGGACUGAAUGCUCCUAAUUAGUCCGACUUCACUUGAGAGGCAAAACCAUAC